AGGCAAACAUGACCAACAAGUCACCGUCUGCAUGGAAACCCACGCAUGCGUAUUUCAAGGAAGGGAAUUUUCAGCGGACUGUGAAGAAGUAGGUAAAUACCUCUAAAUAUACGGAAGCAAGUCAUAGCCCCGUCUUCGCCCCUCUUCUUGAUAGACGGUCAGUUUCGCUUUGGAAAUCCUUGGUUUCCCUGAGUGAUCCUGUCUUCAUGAUGCCCUCACACUGAACAGGGGAGAACAAAAUUCGGGGAACCCCACCGUCCCUUGAGCGCUCUGCAUUCCAUUGAGCUGUCCUGGGACCUGUGGAACCUUAACAGUCCCGCCUGUGUCGUUCACAGGCUUGUUGUCCCAUCCUCCCCAUGCAUGCUCAUCCAUAGCCGGGGGGAAUCUCAGGGAAAUCCCACAGCAGAGAUAAGUACACUGGCGCCACCUAUUAGAAAGGAACAGACAAUCCCAAGCCCUUAAAAGGCCUAACCCAGGAGGUGGGGAGGUUGUGGAUGUGGGCUCCAGCCUGUGGGUGUAGUUGUGGUCACUCCCCCAGCGGAGCUGUGCACAGGGCAGAGCAGGAGAUGGCUCGGGAGCCCCAGUGAGUAGUGCGGGGCCGAGCUGCCGUUGCUAAUGGAGGCCAAGGUGGCGCGGGAUCGCGAGGAGCUCUUCAGGAAGUACGCGCGGUCCCUGGAACGCCGGGCGGAGGAGGGGCCGGGCAGCGAGCAGCCAUCAGGGGAGGCGGAGCUGGAGGCGGGGCUGCUGGUGGAGGCAGCGGCCCUGAUGGGGGCCUACCGGGCAGAUCCGAGCCAGCGGUUCAAGCUAGUGCGCUUCUAUGAGGUAGCGGAGAACGCUCUGCGGGCCCCCAGGGGCCCUGGACUGCGUGGGCUGGAGAGAGCCUUCGCCACGCUGGAGACCGUCUGCGCAAACCUGCUGCUCUUCCCCUGGAAGAAGGAGUUCCGUUGCAUAAAGACGUUUACAGGCCCGUACGUGUACUACCUUCAGGGGGCGCUGUGUGAGGCUGAUCUGCGCUCUCUGCUGCUCCUGAUGGGCUACUCCAGGGAGCAGGAGCUGCAGUUUCAGGCGCGCGACCAGCGGGGGGAGCCGUCGCACCUGCGGCAGCUGGCCUUCGAGCUCUUCCUGGCGAGGGCGGAGUGCCAGCUGCUGGCAGAGGCGGUGGCUCUGGUGGGAGACGGGGCAUCAGAAGCAGAGGUUGUAGAGGCACGGCGGGUAGGGUGUGAGGGGAUGGGGUCUGGGGACGGCGGUCUGGUGACGGAGGCAUCGCGGCUGUCGGUGCGGCCGGUGGAGAGGGGGCGGGGCUGUCUGAGGCGGGGCAGUGCCGGGGCGCGGCCGUCCCGCUCGGUGGAUGUCACGGACGGGGCGGGGAGCUGGCAGCCGCCGCCGUCCCGACCCAUCCUAAGGGCCUCGCUUAGCCUACGCAAAGAGCCGCUCUACACUGACGUCCAGGAUGACCUCAAGGACGAGAUCCUCCACCCUGCCCCCAGCCCUGCUCUCUUUUCCGCCCCCAGUUCUGCUCCAUCCCCCUCGGCCGAGGUCUACCCCUACCCCCUCUCCUCUCUGGACGAUGUGGACCUCUACACUGAGUGUGGGGUGUACCGCCAGCCCCUAUCCCGCCCACCCAGCCGGGAGCCUCGGGACAGCUGGGGGCCGAAGCCCCUCAGCGCCACCAAGUGCCAGGGGUGUGGGCGGGGCUACCCCAGCCUGGCUUCCUGCCACAGGUGUCACUUGAUCCUGUGCUCCUCCUGCCAUGCCCAGGACCCCUCCCCCUGCUGCGGUGGCCCCUCCCCCUCCCCCCGGCCCCUGGACGGCUACCUGCCUGCCAAAGAGAAGCAGCAGCUGUCUGUCUACACCAACAACCACGGCCACUCCCACUCUCUUAGUAACAACCACACGCACUCCCAUUCCCCAUUGCCAGAGAAGCCAUUGACAGUGUCCAAGCUCUAUCACGGAAAGCCUUUGGUUACCCUGGGAAACGGUGGAGGGGGCGGGUCACGGUGUGGUUUCUGCAACAAGCCGGCAGCCUCGCACACUUGCAUGAGCUGCUCCAAGGUGUCCUGUGAUUCCUGCAUUGGCCUCUACGCCGGGGACACCUGCAGCCGCAAGAACGUGCAUCACACCUUCAUCUCCAACCACCAGCUCAACUACAAAGCCAGCACUAAUGCCCACACCAUCUACCGCUGAACCACCCUCCAUCACAAACCCUCCAUCACACACUGUACCACCAUCUCCCCUCAUGGCUUUUGACAGAUGCUUUUACAGCCAUCUAUCACACCUUGUACCUUCUUCUAUCACACCCUGUACCUUCAUCUGUCAGACCCUGUACCUUCUUCUGUCACACCCUGUACCUUCAUCUAUCACACCCUGUACCUCAUUCUAUCACACCUUGUACCUUCAUCUAUCACACCCUGUACCUUCUUCUGUCACACCCUGUACCUUCAUCUAUCACACCCUGUAUUUUCUUCUGUCACACCCUGUACCUUCAUCUAUCACACCCUGUACCUUCUUCCGUCACACCCUGUACCUUCAUCUAUCACACCCUGUACAUCUAUCACAUACUGUACCUUCAUUUAUCAUGCCUUUUAUUGCUAAGGAUGUAUGACAUGCUGUCAGCCUGCUUGUUUGCAGUUGUUUGCUAAUCAUGAGGAAGCCAUCACCUUGGGGUCACUCAUCAUGUCCACUUCUCUCCUUCACGCCUCUCUGUAGUCCUUGUGCUCUCAUCUCUGUCCAUCCUGUAAUCCAAUUGGAUGUGACCCUGUUGCGCUUUCGACUUGAAGCCUACUCUACCCACAAAAAUUUGAUGUAAUAAAAACUUGCUUGAAAUAUUCUGCCCACCCCCAUCCCCUCCUGCCCUUGUUUUGGUGUCUGUGAUGUCUGACACUUCUUUCAACCUUGGAACACUGGCUUUUUUGUGUGGGGGCGGUUGGCAAGUUCCAAAAAUUACAUUUGUUAUGCAACAAAAGGACAAACAAAAAUCCAGCCCAAAUUUUUUCUGACCCAUACAUGCACAACCUAAUAUGUUAUGAAAUUACAAAACUCACUGUGGAACAGAAAUGCACAGGUGUGUGGCACUUGGCUGCGGUAGACCCUGAGAUCAGCCAGACCUUCCCAUAAUCCAGCCAGCAAGCACUAUGUCUAAAACCAUUAACUGAUCCAGUAUCGCUGGUCCUGAUAGCACUGCAAAAUGGGUAUGAAACCUGCUGUCUGGUUUCCCGUAACGAGGUAGCAACAGUACUGGGUUUUGUUUGGCUCUGUCUCAAAUGGCUUAUUUGUUCACUUUGUCUAUUCCUUACAUAGUGUAUAAUAUGUAGUGCAUUAUAUGAGGGGUGAGUGUAUGCUUAAUUGUUCACAAACUCACAUUUAAUGCUAGCUAGCUAGACAUUUCUGGCUAGUUAGCGUUGUGUGUUUCUUAUACUAGUGUUAAUGAAGCAUCCAUAGGAUACCGCUGCCUUCCCUUCUAUAGCAUAAUAAAUACAGAAACAAAUGUCAUUAAAUUUGACUUUGUUUUAAUCGAUAUAUAGACAUUGUGGUUACGGAUGGAAAAGCAAUUGCUAAAGCAAGAAAUUCUGCCACCUUAGUAGGAUUGUUUUUUUUUUCCGCCAGCAUUUGCACUGCAUUUUGGGAUACACUGCUACUGUACUACUUAAUUUGGAACUAGUGGACCAUUUGAAACCCAGUCUUGAUCUUACCCAGUGUGAAAAGGCACACAGUGUUUGCUUUAUAGGCCUGUAGUAAAUAAAAUACUUUCUGUUCUUCCUUGGGCAAAUUCACUGGAUAAAUGUGAGUACUGCUAUUUAUUGUAAGCGUUUCAAAUGUACAGUUCAGCAUUUUGCCAUGAAAAAGGAUUAAAUUUAUUCUUGAAUAAAGUGACGAUAUGUUGAAAACGUUUAUGUUUUGAAAUGGGACACUUUCACAGGUCUGUGUAGACUUUUUUUAGUCUUUGUAAGCCUCCGGGAAGUCAUGCAUUAUUAAUGUAUUGGUUUUGUCUGCAUGACAUCGCUGUCGUUCACAAGCACUUGUCCAAGAACUGGUUGGCUUAAAGUCAGAUGAUGUUUGUGCUCUAUCACAUUUGAAGAUAGGAUUUUGCAAUACCUAAAUCGUCAUCCAUUGCAAAGACUUGCAUGUGCUUAUGACAGUUUUAUAAAGAUGUUAUGACAUGAGUAAUUGCUUUAUGAAGGUUUCAGGAUAGCACACUUUGUAAAAGGUAGUUUCCAGAAAUAAGGCAUAUGGGACAUUUGAGUAGACAUGAGGUACCCAUGUGUUGGGCUGGGCCUCUAGCUCCUGAAGGGUCAUAGUGUGUGUUUGCCUCCACCCCUCUGAUCUUACGCCCAGCUACCCCUUUCUAAUGCUCUGUACUGUGGCCUGUCCACAGCUAUAUGUGUGUAUGCAUGUGAUUAUGCACGUGUAAAUGUGUUUGUGUGAUCAUACGUAUUUGUGUGCACAUAUGUGUAUGGAUUUUGUGUGCACGUGAACAUGAAUGCGUGUUUGGUUAUAGAUGUGAGCAUAUGUGUUUGUGUGUGUGUGUGUGUGUGUGUGUGUGUGUGUGGGGGGGGGGGGGGGGGGUUAAGGCACCUGGGACACUCUGACUCUCCAGGGGGACUCUCUAUAGGCCUGCUGUCUGCUAUACUGAAUCUGCAGUGCUGUAAUGUGGAUUUAAAUACUGCAAUAAAAAUCUUAGUGUGUACAUAAUGUUA